AUGGAUAUUUACCCGAAGAGUCCAAGGCAUCCCGGGCGUUGCGCACUAAAGCAACCCGAUACUGCUUUAGGGGAGUGGGUUGAAGCAGGUCCUUACCAGAAAACUGGCGAGCGUGAAGUGGUAGAUUUCCUGUGGGAGAACAUAAGUUGCAGGUUCGGGAUACUAAAAGAGAUAGCCUGUGACAACGGGCCACAAUUUAUUGGCGUAAAGGUCACAAAAUUCCUUGAAGACCUAAGAAUUAAAAGAAUUACAUCAUCACUUUAUCACGCGAGCGCAAACGGUCAAGCAGAAUCAACAAGCAAGGUAAUUAUCCAAAAUCUCAAAAAGAGAUUGGAAGCAGCCAAAGGCAAAUGGCCCGAAGAGUUGCCAGGAGUACUAUGGGCAUAUCGAACAACGGCUAAAUCAAGCAUGGGGAAGACUCCUUUCUCUCUCGUAUAUGGAGCAGAAUCCUUGAUCCUGGUGGAAGUAAGAGAACCUACCCUGAGAUACUUCUGA